CUUUUUUAAGCUUGGGUCAUGCGCUAUUUUCCGUAUGUCCGUUAGCUGCUGUGCAAAACAUGAAAUCGGUGAUACUGUUUGAAGUCCCUUCGGCAAAAACUCUAAGUUCUCCGAAAAAUACGAGAAAACCAACAAAAUGUGCAUAGUUACAAGAAUUCUGAGCUGCUUGUUUUUGUUUUUUUUUUUUCUUCUGAGAACUCAUAAGUGUUCACGAGAGAUUCUGUUUCGCGUGCCAUGAAGUGUAUCGCAGGAAACCCGUGUAGUCCCACCAUAAUGAGACAACUGCGAUUAUUCUUUAAACUGUUUUCGGUGCUUCCGCUAUUGCAGUAGUAUAAAUCUACCGCCGCUGACGCGGGUUUGAGUCUUAAUCCGCGCAGAUCUCCCCACAAAGAUUUCGUUUUAACGCCGCAACUGUUGAAUCGCGUCGCCUGUAGUUCGUACUCCAUAGCAAGAGCAACUACGGCGAUGAGAAGGCCGCACACCACCUUCACAACAAAGAAUAAUUCUCGCUCGCCGUCCGCGUGCAGGAGUGGAGAUGCAACGCAAUCAAAAAUAAAGGAAGUUUUUAAAAAAGCCAUCAGAAAGAAUAGCGUGAAUCUUCAGCGCAAACAAGCGGCCAACUUCACGCCGUCGGGACAGCCGCGGCGCGAGGAGGCGGUGAGCGCCCUGUGUUGGGGCGCGGGCGGCGAGACUCAGAUCCUGGUGGGCUGUGCGGAUGGGACAGUGAAGCACUUCAGCACCGAGGAGGGCAGGUUCCAGGGUCAGAGGCACUGCUCCGGAGGGGAGGGCAUAUUCCGAGGCCUCGCCCAAGUCGACGGCACCCUCAUCACAUGUGUGGAUUCUGGGAUUCUUCGAGUCUGGCAUGACAAUGACAAGGAGGCAUCCUCUGACCCUCUCUUGGAACUAAGGGUGGGCCCUGGGGUGUGUAGGAUGCGCCAAGACCCAGCGCGCCCCCACAUGGUUGCCACAGGUGGGAAGGAGAAUGCUCUGAAGGUGUGGGACCUGCAGGGCUCUGAGGAGCCUGUGUUCAGGGCCAAGAACGUACGGAAUGAUUGGCUCGACCUGCGGGUUCCCAUCUGGGACCAGGACAUACAGUUCCUCCCUGAGUCACAGAAGCUCGUCACCUGUACAGGGUACCACCAGGUCCGCGUCUAUGAUCCAGCCUCCCCCCAGCGCAGGCCGGUCCUCGAGGCCACCUACGGAGAGUACCCACUGACAGCCAUGACCCUCACUCCUGGGGGCAAUUCGGUGAUUGUGGGGAACACUCAUGGGCAGCUGGCAGAAAUUGACCUUCGGCAGGGGCGCCUACUGGUCUGUCUGAAGGGGCUGGCGGGCAGCGUCCGAGGGUUGCAGUGCCACCCUUCAAAGCCCCUUCUAGCCUCCUGUGGCUUGGACAGAGUCUUGAGGGUACACAGGAUCCGGAAUCCACGGGGCCUGGACCAUAAGGUUUACCUCAAAUCUCAACUGAACUGCCUCCUGCUGUCAGGCAGGGAUAACUGGGAGGAUGAACCCCACGAGCCUCAAGAGCCCAACAAGGUGCCCUCAGAAGACACAGAGACAGAUGAACUCUGGGCUUCCUUGGAGGCAGCUGCCAAGCGGAAACUCCCCGGUUUGGAGCAGUCCCAAGGCGCCCUCCAAACCAGACAGAGAAAGAAGAAGAGGCCUGGGUCCACCAGCUCCUGAAGAGCUUGUGCUCACGUUGUAAAUAAACAGCUUAAUACGUA